AUGCUCAUCGGGCCGCGAGGAGCGGAGUCUCCGGAGGUAGCUAAGGGUCCGCCUCCGCGGGUCCUCGGAGGAGACUCAGGACUGGCCGCCUCGGGGACACGGUGGGAGCACUGGGACGGGCCGCCGGCUGGGACUCGGAGGAGCACAGGGACGGCCUUCCUGCUGGACUCGGUGGAGCACAGUCAGACGCGCCAGUCCUGGGCUGCCGCCUAUGGCCCAGCAGGAGGCCAGGCCUCGGGGCGCCAGCAGUGGCCCCAGCAGGAGGCCAGGCACCCGGUGGCCGCCGCAGACGUCCCAGGCAGGAGGCACAGUGCCCGGGGCUCCCGCAGUGGGGCCCAGCAGGAUGGCCCUAGUGCCCUGGGGCUCCGCAUGUCCCCAGCAGAUACUCGAGAGUGGAAUGAGGAAACCCAGUUGGACUGCCCAGAGGCCCGUCCAGCACAGUGUCCGAUACGAGGCCCCUGCCCAGUGCGGAGGCUGCUGAGGUGCUGGCAGGAGCGAGCCCGUUCCCCGAAUCGAGGCACAGUGGGUGUGUAUGGAGUGGGGAAGCGGUUGGGGGGGUUGGUGGGGGGGGGGGAGAGGGACCGGGUAACCAGAGGAAGAGAGAGGAGGAAAAAAAAAGUCGCUCGGGAACAUCGGCAGAAGGAGGCAAGGGGAUACGCGCCUCGCUGGCGGGGCGGGCAAUCAGACACGAUGAGGCCGCACCGACAGGAGUACGCAAAGCGGGAGAGCUGCCUUCAAAGCUGUUCGAAAUGCAGACUGUGUGGCGUCCGCAGGUGGGACGCGCGCCUCCGCUACCGCGAAUCUUCUAACCAGCCGCCGCCGCCGCAGCGCCUGCCACUCCUGCAAAUUAGGAAAGAGUCGAAAAUGGGAGCUCGCGGCUCGCUCGGGUCCAACGGCCUGGCUCGCGUCCGGGCUCGGGCCCGACGCAAGCAGGGGGAGGCGCUCAAAGGGGAUCGCUAA